AUGCAACACCGUUUUGUCUUAUUUGGUGGGCAGGGAUCUCACUCCAUAUUUUCGCCCAGUGCUGGCAACAAGGCCGAACAAGAUGCUCAGUCUGUGGGUGUUGGCAGCAUCCUCCUGUCAAAAUGCCAUGCCGUAUUCCUGGAAGAAAUCUCAAGUUUGGAUGUCCAGUCUCAGCGAAUUCUUGCUAUCGAGACAAAAGCUUUCGCCACACCUGGCCAACUGCUUAGGCCUGUAGCAACAUAUCAUCAACACCCAGUACUACAGGCAACCACUAUCUACCUUUGUCAGAUUUUGAGAUAUCUGGCUGAGACCGUACAAGAUAAUGAUGUCUUUGGGAAUUCGUUUGAUGCCCUGCAGGCGACGGCUGGGUUCUCAUCAGGCAUGAUUGCAGCUGCGGUUGUUGCACUCGCGUCUGACCUUGACGAGUUUGUGGCAGCUGGAGUCCAAGGGUUUCGUUUAGCCUUUUGGAUCGCAUAUCACAGCUACAUGUGGAGUCACUCAAACGGCAUCGGGGAACAUGCCAAUCUAGAGGCGACUAUGUCGCUUGUCACCCGGGGUCUUACCAGAGAACAGGUAAACAACAAGAUACAGGAGGUUCAUUCCCGGCUCGGUUUUUGUCGAAUGGAAAUAUCAGCUGUUUUGACUUCGGGCUCCGUGUCCAUCUCAGGACCCAAAGCAGAUCUCCUCGCUCUGCAGGAACAUCUACAAGAUGUUUAUGGAGUGGUGACAACCUUUGCCUAUGUUCAUGGCUGGUACCACGGAGGAAACCAACUUGAACCUGUGGUUUCAUCUGUCGAGAGAGAGAUCGUCCGUCGACAUAUCAACUUCCCUCUGUGCUCUAAACCUAUGAAGUUGAUUUAUUCAUCAUCGGACGGUACACGUUUCGAUACCAUUAAUGGGUCUUCCGGCGAGCUACCAGUAUGGCUGGCUCGACACCUUCUUAUCCACUGUGUGAAUUGGCCUGAGACCAGCUAUGCAAUCGCAACAGACAUUGAGGGUAUUUUACAACAAGAUCCUGUUAGACCCAUCCGGGUUCUUGCUUUUGGCCCCAGUUCUCGGUCUCUAUUUCCCAUGUUUGAGUCUCAGGAUUCUCAUAUCUCAUGUCAUGAUGUAUCAUUCUUUAAGGCAGAUAAAGAUUUCGUAUCGCAGUCUUCAAUCCGCCCGAACGAUAUUGCUAUUGUUGGGAUGAGCGUAAAACUUCCCAAAGGCCAAGGCACCGAUGAAUUGUGGGAGACAUUGUCCCAAGGCCUCAAUGGUGUACAGGAGAUUCCUAAAAGCAGAUUUGAGGUUUCCGACUAUUAUACAGAUGAGAGAGACCGGCCACGGUCCAUGGUCACUAGGUACGGAGCCUUCCUAGAGGACCCAUUUAGUUUCGAUAAUGCCUUCUUCAAUAUCUCCCCACGCGAAGCCAAGUCCAUGGAUCCACAACAGAGAGUUCUGCUACACACCGCUCAAGAAGCACUGGAAGAUGCUGGCUACGUGGCAGACGCAACGCCAUCUUUCCAGAGGUCGAGCACUGGCUGCUACAUCGGGCUGGCCACGGGAGACUAUACUGACAACCUGCGUGACGAUAUUGAUACAUUCUACCCAUCUGGCACUCUUAGAGCGUUUCACAGCGGCAGGAUAUCGUAUUUCUAUCGACUCAGUGGGCCCUCUGUCGUAACCGACACAGCAUGUUCAUCCUCGGCAGUCUCCAUCUACCAAGCUUGCCGAGCGAUACAGAGCGGGGACUGUACAGCGGCUAUUGCGGGCGGAGUCAACAUAAUUACCAGCCCCGAUAUGUAUCUAGGUCUAUCUCGUGGACACUUCCUAAGUCCCACAGGAAACUGCAAGCCAUUUGAUACAACAGCCGACGGCUACUGUCGCGCGGAAGGAUGUGUUUUAUUCGUUCUCAAACGACUCUCAGACGCUGUUGCGGAAGGUGAUCGCAUCCAUGGAGUUAUCAAAAGCGCUCAAAUCAACCAGAGCGGCCAAUCUAGUUCCAUCACUCAUCCCCACAGCCUGACACAAACUGCUUUACUGAGAAGGACGCUCAGUCAAGCAAAUGUUGAACCUUCAUCUGUCAGCGUUGUGGAAGCACAUGGAACGGGCACACAAGCUGGAGACGCUCGGGAAGUCGAGACCUUGAAACUUGUUUUUGGUCAGCACCACUCAACAAAAAGCCCUUUGCUUGUGACCUCGAUCAAAGGAAACAUUGGUCAUUGUGAGGCUGCCUCUGGUGCUGCGGGACUGGCCAAGCUUUUGCUUAUGCUUCGCGAGAAUGAGGUCCCAAGGCAAGCUGGACUUAAAAAUCUUAAUCCAGCCUUGGGUGACUUAGCGAGCUCCGGUCUCGUCAUCCCUAGACGCAACAUGAUAUGGAAACAGCAGCAAGGGAUGCCUAGACGUGCUAUCCUCAACAACUUCGGGGCUGCUGGGUCUAAUGCAUCGCUACUCUUAGAGGAAUGGGUCGGAACUGCCAAGCAGGACCACAAGCAACAAGCUACAGGCACUCGUUCUUCUUAUGUCUUCACGGUUACGGCAAAAUCAAACAAAGCUCUCCAGUCUUCUGUGGCCAAAAGCAUUGAUUUCCUCGUCAAACGUGAACAUCGGGCAUCACUGGCAGAUAUGUGCUACACGGCUACAGCUCGUCGACAUCAAUACAGCCAUCGUAUCUCGCUAUCAUGCAACUCGAAAUCUCAACUGGUCGAAAAGUUGAGGGAGUGCAGAGCUGCAGAAUCCCAACCUGUCAGGCCUGUUGCGUCAAUCGUGUUCGUCUUCACUGGCCAAGGUGCGCUUUACAGCGGCAUGGGCAAGGAACUCAUGAGUACAUAUGCUCCCUUCAAGGACAUAAUCAUUUUGUGUGACCAGAUCGUCCAGGAACUCGAUCUAGGGUGUCCCAGCCUAGUCAACUACAUAAGCUCGAAAGGUGAAACUUAUAUGAACGCAUUGUCGGAUGUUGAGCACCUUAUGGUAUCGCAAUGCGCGUGCAUCGCGCUCGAAUAUGCACUCACAAAGGUCUUGAUGUCUUGGGGUAUCAAACCUAAUUAUCUUAUGGGCCAUAGUUUAGGGGAGUACGCGGCUCUUUGUGUUGCCGGUGCUUUGACACUAGAGGACACAUUCCGCGUCGUCGCCACACGAGCAAAGAUGAUGGGCGAACGUUGUCCUGCAAACACAACAGGGAUGCUUGCGUGCCAUAUGACACGCGAAGAAUCACAAGCCUACAUUUCUGAAGACUUAACACUGGAUCAAUUGAGUAUUGCAUGUCACAACGGUCCCCAAGACUGCGUCAUCGGCGGUCCGCUUACGCAACUUGCCAAACUACAAGCACGAUGCAAAGCUCAUAACAUUAGAUCAAAGCUGAUCAAUGUCCCUUUCGCUUUCCAUACUUCCGCCAUCGAUCCCAUCGUUGAGCCUUUGCGCGCGCUCGGCAGAACCGUCAAAUUACAUGACCCGACGAUUCCUGUCAUUUCCAACGUCGAUGGGCAAGCCUUUUGCAAGUCCAGGGACGGCUCGGAUUAUUUUGCAAACCAUACGAGAAAUCCUGUGCACUUCCAUGGAGGCGUAAAGAGUCUCGAGGGGCUCAUUGGUCAAUCUUCCCUUGACGAGUCUCUCUUCGUUGAAAUCGGCCCGCAACCAGCUCUCCUACCAGUGCUGAAGGAUUUUAUCAAUUCCAGUUCUUGCACUUUGCUCAACACAUUACAAAAAGGUCGUGACUCGUGGACCUCUCUCGGUAUUACCUUGUCCGCAAUUUCUCUGCGCAAGAUCGAAAUCAAUUGGCGACAAGUGUUUGCUGGUACAUCUGCGCAAGUAACAAGCUUGCCCGGAUACCCACUGGAAGGUUCAAAGUUCUUCGUCCCUUUUCAUGAACCCACUGGUGCCAUGGAAAACUCAGAGGGUUCGGAUCACGGGACCGGACGUCGUCUUAGGACCCAGUAUCCUCUAUUAUCUUGGCUGAGAACAGACGCCGUUACAUCUGGCGAGCUUGUUUUUGAGACCGAUAUGGAUACACUUGGGCCAUUGAUCUCUGGACAUGAUGUCGGCGGUACACCAAUCUGUCCUGCAUCCGUCUUUCACGAGCUUGCACUUGAAGCGGCUCAUUCUCUGCUGGAACCUCAGAAGGAUGAGGUACUGGUCGUAACUGGCAUGACUUUCUCAAGUCCGCUGAUCCAUUUACCGUUGUCUGUACAUGGAAAUUGCCAUGAUAAGAUAGUGCGCGUGCGUAUCUCCAAGGCCAGUGAGCUAUCCACGCUACCAAACUUCAAGAUCACUUCUUGCUUGGCCAAUACCUCCAAUGAGACGUUGCAUUGCUCUGGUUAUGUCGAUACCCAAAAUCUAGAUGCCAUCGCUGGGCAGUGGAUCAAAGACCAUGCUUUGGUGACCAGGCAAAGUCGGUUUUUCUCUGGUCCUGCAAAGGAUCAUAUGAGUACUUUCCGGACAAAGCUGUUAUACGAGAAUAUAUUCACCCGGGUCGUGCGAUAUUCUCCACAGUACCACAGUCUGCAGUAUCUGAACGUGGCUGAUUCGAACCUUGAAGGAAUGGGUUCCUUCAAGAUAUCAUCUCAUGACACGCUUGAUCAUUACCUGGCCCAUCCUGUUUUUACCGACACAUUGCUACACGCAGCAGGGUUUAUUGCCAAUCUCGCAAUUGGUUCAAACGAGAUUGGCAUCUGUUCUGGCGUUGAGUCGAUCAUGAUUGCCUACCACAAUCUGGACUAUAAAGACACAUGCAAAAUCUAUUGCAAUCUUCUCGAGGUCAAAGGCGCCAUUAUUGCAGAUUCGGUAGCAUUGGAUAGCUCUGACAGGGUUAUUGCAGUAAUUCGCGGUAUGGAGUUUAAGAAGCUGCAGUUGUCCACAUUUCAACAGGCUUUAUGUCGCAUGUCAUCGAGCUCCAAGCCCGAUGAACAGGAACAUAGUCGGAAAAACCAGAGUCUAGCAGUCCCACUGUCGGCCAUUGCAGGAGGCAAGACCGAAGACCGUAUUAUCACUGGCAGUUCUAGUGACAGUCCUGUUCUAGCAGAUACUGAUAUGGGCAAAAUGUUUAAAAAUAUUGUUGUAAGAAUUGGUGGAUUCACUGAACAGGAUAUCGACUACAAAAUGUCCCUUGGUGAUCUUGGGAUCGACUCCAUGAUGCAGAUCGAGAUCACCUCCGAGAUUUCACGAGCAUUCCCCGGUCAGACCGGGAUCAGCCACCACGCCCUAUCAGAAUGUGAAACCCUUGAAGAGAUGGAGAACAUGCUCUUUUCCGUUCUCCAAUCAUCCAGCAAGAAGAUGUACAAGGCUUGUGUUGAUGAGUCCAGCAGUUCAGGAAUAUCGGCUUUUCAAUCCACCUGCGUUAUCACUCCAGUCUCCUCAACACCAUCACACUCAGCCGAGGGGUUUUCCGACUCACCGACCCUGCCAGCCACUCUUCAUGUUGCCGAAGGGUUUCAAACACCAUUAUAUCUCUUCCAUGAUGGCAGCGGCCAAGUUGGCAUGUAUAAGCGACUUCAGGGUCACGAUAGAACCACGUAUGCCUUCUUCGAUCCUAAAUUCGAGCCUUGUGGCGAGGAGCGCUCUUUUUACCCAAGUGUUGUGGACAUGGCAAAGGAUUAUGUCUCCAUGAUCUGUUCGGAUGCUAGGCACCCAGCUUCACCAUUGAUUCUCGGCGGCUGGUCUUUUGGUGGCGUCGUGGCUUAUGAGGUAGCUCGGCAGCUCACGAUCCGCGGGGUCAAUGUCAAAGGCCUUGUACUGAUUGACUCACCAAGUCCAAUCGAUCACGAGCCACUUCCAGCCGCUAUCAUUACCAGUAUAAUCGGGUCCGGUCGCCAGUCUGAGAUUUCGGGAAACCUUCAAGAAGAGUUUUUGUCCAAUGCGUCACUGUUAGGAAAUUAUAAGCCCGAGCUGUAUUUCCCAGUUGCUGGAACACCCUUGAAAACAGUCAUGCUGCGAAGCCAGAGCACCCUGGAUACCGAGGCUUUGUUUGGAGUUCGCUAUAAUUGGCUUAGUCAACAAGAGACUCGUGAUGACGCGAUUGUGGCCUGGGAAUAUUUAGUUGGUUGUUCUGUCGAGGUUCUUCCUAUUCCGGGAAACCAUUUCCAGCCAUUUCUAGAAGAUAAGAUUGACGAGACAUCAGCACAGCUGUGGGAGGCAUGUCGAAUUCUUGAACGAGCGUAG